AUGUCUUCAUCUCCUAAAAAAGAAAAAGAAAGCAUAAGCCUUCUUAGUCAAACUAAAGCUAGAUUUGAUGCUGUUUUGCGAUCAGCUGUUAGAAAAUCUGAUGCUGCCAAAGCCAGCAUCACUACUUCUUCCUUAAAGCGCAGUUCUCGCGAUCCAUCAGAUCCCAAUGCAUUCUCAUCCCAGCAAAACUUAAUAGAUGAAUCACCCGAUCAAGAGAUACCGACACUAGAAUUAUUUAAACAGAAGAAAUCAAAGAGUCGAACAACCGAUGACAAUGAGACAUCAUUCGUUACAAAAACACCAUCUCACAGUAGCAAGAAAUCUCAAUCAAAUGACUUCUUUGAGUCGUCUUCAUCAUCAAGAAAGCCGUCUACAAUUAUUUCUGCAUCACGUUCCAAGUCCAAUAAAGCAGUGUUGAAACACGGUAGAAAUAAUAGUAGUUCUUUCGAAAGCAAUGAUGAAUCAUCUUCAGAUGAACAAUCUCAAAUUAAUCGCAAAGAUUCAAACAACAUUCCUACAGCCUCGUUUGUGGAUGAUAAUCAUGACACAGAACCCGAGGAAGAGCAUGAACUACCAAAACCAAAACCACUUCCCCGUCGAAAAUCAUUUAUGGUUAACGAUUCAAUGGAGCUUCCAUUAGAGAAACCAGUACCAAAAACAAGACAAAUUUAUAGCAGAAAGAAUUCGUCUGAUGACAAUAAAAUCGAACUAACUAAAAAUGAAUCCAGGAGUAAAAGAUCAGUUAAAGUAGAUCAUCCAGAUCUCAAAAGCAAAUGGAUGUUCCAAGCAGCAAAGGCGAUAACAAAAAUCAACCCUUGGACAAAAAGUGUUGGACCUCAACAUCGAAGCAAAAGUAGAAAAAAACGGGAACUUCUUGGUACCGAUUCAACUCCGAUUCGAAAAAGUGGUAAAAAUUUUGGAACCAAAGAUUCUGAAAAAGAUGAUGAUGAAGUUGUUGAAGGUCGCUCUUACAAAAAAGUUGUAGGUAUCAUCGUUCACAAUAUGUCUUGGUUAGGCCGAUCACUAUCGAAAGGAUUUUUAUUGCGGCCUUUUGUCAGAGUAUCAAUUUAUAAAACAACUAUGAAUAAACCUUUACACGAUCCUAUGAAAUCCCAACAUUUCAAUUGCUUGAGUAAAGAGAUCACUCCAAAAUGGGAAGAACUUCUUGUAUUUCCUAUAGACUAUGAUACCAUAGAAGAUAAAAAUACAGUUCUGUUUUUUGAAAUAUUUGAUAUGAAAGUUGGUUUCAAAAGAUCACAAGAUGUAGAACAUUGCUUGGCAUGGGCAUUUCUAAAACCAAUCGGUGUUAAUGGAAUGAAUAAUACUCAUAAUAAAUUGCAAUUGCAACUUUAUAAACCUAAAACUGAUGUUAGAGAAACUGAAGGAAUACAUGUAUUUGAUUGGUGGUCAUCAACCAGAAGAAAAAAAUAUCCAGGGACACUAUAUGUUACCGUCAAAAGCAAACAUAGAAAAAAGUCGGAUUUAAAACCAGCAUCUGAAGAAAAACAGCAGGAACGGAGCAAAAGUCAUAAUGACUUAACAAACGAAAGAACUAAGAAAAUUGCAAAAGAAGAACCAAGAACUUAUUCCUGGUCCAGAACUUCAGGUCAAGUAUGUAAAUUGCCUAAUUGUCGUUUGGUAAAAUUGCCUACCUUAGACAAGGGCAGUUUAUCAAUUCGCUUCAACCAUGCUGGUGAUUUAUUGGCAUGCGCAUGUGCUGAUACUUUCAAUAUAAAUGUAUACGAUAUUCCUGGGGGAACUUUUCGUUUCGAGCUCACUGGCCAUCAGGGUCUGGUGUACGACAUGUGCUGGACGCACAACGACAUGAAGCUACUCAGUGCUUCUUCUGAUAGAACGGUCUGCAUAUGGGACAUGAUUGAAGGAAAUUUAUCUCAGUUACUAUCACAUCCCUCGUUUGUAUAUGCCUGCGACGUGACAGUAUCUUCAAGACUGGCAGUGUCUGGUUGCUUUGAUCGUAUAGUGCGAAUUUGGCAACUUGCUUUGGAUCCUAUGUCUUUUUCUGAACCGCCGUCGUAUGAAUUAUAUCAAGAACUACCAGAUGAGCAUAAAGGAUACAUCACUGCUGUUUGUUUUGGAUCGGACAGCAGGACUGUGUAUAGCGGUGAUAGCGCAGGCAUUAUCAACGAAUGGUCAAGAACUUCUGAAGACUUUUGGCAGUGGACCAGACAUAUGUGUCCGGAACUCAAUGCUGUGGUGAACCGUCUUUGUUUGCAUCCAUCCGGAGAACGUCUUCUGGUCCAUGUUCGAGAUAAUAUUCUGCGGAUUAUACAUGUAGAAAGAGCUACUGUUGUCCGUUUAUUGAAAGGAGCUACAAAUUUUAGAAUACAAACAUCGGCUUGUUUUUCUCCUUGCGGCAAUUUGGUGUUAGGUGGCAGUGAGGAUGGUUUGGUGACCGUCUGGGACACCGAUAGUGGCCAUCGAAUAGCAGUUUACAAAUUUCCCUGGAUACCAGUGCAACAUGCAGACCAAGAAAAGAAUGAUGAACCUAUCACCGCCAUGGCAGCUGUAGAUUAUCAUCCGAAGGGUCAUGCAGCAGCAUUUUGCGCUUAUGGAUUCAGUACCAGCGUCUACGUGUGCAAAUAUGAUAGAAAUGCGGAUUCUAAUGUCAUUGGACUUACACUGUUCAAAGAAAGAUAUAAGGAAUCAGAGUUCAACAGUAAUGCAAGUGAAAUAUCAUUAAAUCAACAACCAGUGCAGUCAGAAGAGAAACAGAAAACCCACAAAAGAUCAACAGAGUCUGAUGCCAUAUAUCAAAAGCAUAAUGGAACUUCAAAUGAUGAUUUAAUAAAACCUAGCACAAGCCGAGCUGGUCAAGAUGGAAUCAAAUUAUCGGCUCUGAUCAGGAAAAUAGACAAUAUUCUGAGUCCAAUAAAAAGGACUAUUUCCAAACCGCAGUCACCUGAUGGAUUAAUAGACACUAGGUUUAUGAACACUCUGAGUGAAAUGAAAAGUCAGAAGCUGAAGAAACAGCCUAAGAAUACUCGUCAAGAACCUGUAAAUGAAAUAGUAGUCAUUGGUGAGCCUCAUCAACCUCCGAUGCAACCAGGAAGAAGCUUGAAUAAGAACCAUAAUUUGGAAAACAAUAAAACAAACUUUAAUACAGCUAUAUCGCAAGACAGUCUUAUGACUUCUAAUAGAAACCAUGAAGAUUCAUCUACUGCUGCUUCUGACGACGAGACUAUUACUUCAAGAAAUGAAGCUAGUAAUGCCAAUAAUCGAACUUAUAGCAUACAAAAUAAUUUCGAAGAAGAUUUAGUCCAAUCGUCGAGUUUUGCAGAAUCUUUGGUGACAGAUGAGGACUCUAACAAUGAUUCACCACGAGCCAGAAGACGAAAACAAAUAUCUGGUAAAAAAGUUGUUUCUCAUAAGGGUAAAAGAUGGAAAUAA